AUGAGUAAUAUGCUUUCACUAACACCUCUAAAAACAACUUAUACAAUUCCAAGAGUUGGAAUAUCUUAUCAAUAUCCUAUAUACAAUAAGCAAUAUAAAAGAGAAGCAGCAUACUCUCAGCAUCAACAAACUAUUAUGACAUAUAAUACUAUACCUAAUGAUUAUUAUAUAUUAUUUGUAAAUGCUACGGAUGAAUUUAGAAAAACAAUUUACAAAUGUAUAUUUUGUGGAGAAGUAGCAUAUCAUACUUUAGCUCAUUUAUUUAAUGAUCAAUUUUGGGAGACAAAGUUUUUUGAUCAUCAUAAAAGAACAUUUGUAUUAAUAUAUAAAAGACCUUCAAAUCCUUUAAAAGAACCUGAUCUUUUAGAAGAACCCGAUCUUUUAGAUAAACCCGAUCCUUUAGAAAG